AUGGCCGUUCUUACUUCAAAAUUAGCUGUUGCGCUCUGGGGAUCAGAUGCCAAGGACCGCGCGCUGUUGGCGAAACUGGAUUUUACGUUACUUCCGUACUUCUCGUUAAUAUGGUUCCUGUUCGGUGUUACGCGAUCAAGUUACUCCUCCGCUUAUAUUAGUGGUAUGAAGGAGGCCCUGGGCUUUGAAGGCAAGCAGUAUAACUAUAUGAAUACUGCGUAUCUUGUCGUGUAUGCCGUCUGUCAGAUGCCUGGAACAAGUCUUUUGACAGUGGCACGGCCAAAAUACGUCUUUGUUGCAGCGAACGUCACUUGGAGCAUCUUAACGCUGAUCACAUUCAAGAUGACCCAUGCCUGGCAGGUUAUUCUGUUGAAUGCAAUUGAAGGAGGAUUUUCUGCGAUCGCAUACGUCGGAGCCCAGUUUAUUCUCGGUUCUUGGUAUAAGAAGUCCGAACUAGGAACGAGAACCGCGGUAUUCUGCGUAUUUGGUCAAUUGGGAACUAUGGCUGGUGGUUGGAUCCAAGCGGGCUUGCUACAGUCUCUAUCAGGGAAAAGCGGUCUUCCUGCGUGGAAAUGGAUCUUUAUCAUUGUGUCUGUCAUGACUCUUCCAGUUGCCUUUUUCGGCUGGAUUUUCAUUCCUGAUCUUCCCGCUCAUAGAGUGGCCUGGUAUCUCACGGAUGAGCAAAAGGAACAUGCUGCCACUCGCCUCGGUGCUACAAGAAAGCAGGCAUGGGACUUAACCGUGGUGAAGCGGAUCUUUUUGAGCUGGCAGUUCUAUCUUCUGCCAUUCAUUUUCAUGCUAUAUUCUCUCUGCGUGCAAAUGCUACAAAACAAUGUUAUGGCCUAUUGGAUGGCUUCGCGCGGCUACACCACCGUCCAGCAAAACAACUACCCGACUGGGAUCUAUGCCGCCGCCAUCCUUGGAACUGUUGUCUACGCUGUCAUCUCUGAUAAGCUCCGAUCGCGCUGGGAAGUGUCUAUUGCUAUCGGCCUCACCUUCAUUAUCGGCUCCGCCAUUCUUGUUGCCGACCCGCCUACGGCCGGCUACUUUUUCGCGUUCUAUUUGCUCGGAACGACAUUUGCGCCUCAGGCUGUAUGGUAUUCCUGGAUGGCAGAUGUUACAAGUCACGAUCUCCAGCUUCGUGCGAUCACGACAGGAUUUAUGAAUUCCUUUGAUUUUGCUUUUGUUACCUGGUGGCCACUGAUCUUUUACCCGGCCACUGAUGCUCCUAAUUUUAGAAAAGGGUAUAUUGCUAGUCUGGUGACUGGUGCAUUGACGCUGCCAUUUAUUGGCUUAAUCACGUAUUUGGAAAAGAGAGAUACGGCAAAGGGGCUUAUUGGAAGGGUUCCUAUAGAAGAACAGCUCAAUGACGAACAGGAGUACCGUACAGGUUCGCCAGAUGAUGGACUACAGUCCAAGUCAGCGGAGAACGUCCGUUCGACCGAGGUGAAUGUAUAG